UAUCAAAUCUCUGACCGAAAUAGAAUCUUUAGAAAAAUAGCUUUGGGUUGACCAAACCACCUCUCGGACAACAUAAUAACAACAAUGAACUACAUUACAUGUACAGAGGUGCCCGUUUGAGCAACUAAACAACUAAGAUCUUGAUGGCAUCAUCAUCAUCUAGUUCACCGUUUAAAGGGGAUAUACUAAAAGGGCAAGUGGCUCUUUUAACUGGAGGUGGAUCAGGAAUAGGGUAUGGAAUAGCAGAGCAACUGGGGAGACAUGGAGCGUCCAUUUCAAUCAUGGGUCGCCGUGAACAUGUUGUUGAUUCUGCCGUCUCUUCUCUCAUCUCUCUCGGCAUCCCGGCCAUUGGGAUUGUGGGAGAUGUGCGCAAAAAAGAUGAUGUAGUUAAAGUCCUGGAGGCAACUAUUAAACAUUUUGGAAAGCUUGACAUUCUGGUGAAUGCUGCAGCAGGAAACUUCCUGGUACCAGCGGAGGAUUUGAGCCCCAAUGGCUUCCGGACAGUGAUAGAUAUUGAUGCAGUUGGCACUUUUACUGUGUGCCAUGAAGCACUCAAGUAUCUUAAGAAAGGUGGACCUGGAAAGGAUCCAUCCAAAGGUGGACUAAUAAUAAAUAUAAGUGCAACAUUGCAUUAUACAGCAACUUGGUAUCAAAUCCAUGUUUCUGCUGCCAAGGCAGCAGUUGACAGCAUUACAAGGAGCUUAGCACUAGAAUGGGGGACAGAUUAUGAUAUCAGAGUCAACGGAAUUGCACCUGGACCUAUUGGCGACACGGCUGGUACCAGCAAACUUGUACCUACAGAGAUAAAGAGUUCAAUUCCACCAGAUCCUCUAUUUAAAUUUGGGGAGAAAUGGGAUAUUGCUAUGGCUGCUCUCUAUCUCGCUUGCGAUGCAGGCAAAUAUAUAAACGGGACAACUUUAGUUCUAGAUGGGGGAUUGUGGUUGAGCAAUCCUCGGCCUAUCGCUAAAGAAGCAGUGAAGCAACUUUCACGGACAGUAGAGAAGAGGUCUAGAGAAUCCCCGGCGGGGCUACCAAACAGCAGGCUAUGAUUUCAGAAGUUAUUUGUUUUAAUUCAUGGAUAAAAACUUUUCAUUGUAAUAAAACAGAGUCAUAAACAUAAACCAGAGGGCAAGGAUUAGUGUGACGAAAAUUGGUGGUCUGUGAGUAAUGCUACACUAUGUCCUAUCUUAAUAUCUUACGAUUGUUAUGUUGAUAA